GACUAGUAAACAACAACAGCUGUUGGCGUGCGCAGGCGAAUGGCACUGCAAUUUAUUUUCUGUAUUCAGUUUUAGCUUUGUUCCAUAAAAACUGCAGGAAACCCGCCCACAAUGCAACAGUUUAGCUAGGCAGUUGUGGGGAAAGCGGACACCAACCAGGACUUGAACAAGGACGCCGGCGAAAUGUCACAGGCCGCAUCCACGACGCAGAGUGCGGCUAGCAGACGCCCACUGGCCAACGAAGUCAUCGGGACCACCAUGUCGGCCCGAUACGGCGAGACGGAAUGGGAGGCGCGGGAGUCCCAGAGGCAAAGGGAACUGCACGAGGCACGAGCCAGGGCGGCGCAAAUGGAGAAGACCAUGAAGUGGUGGUCCGAUUGUACUGCCAACUGGCGGGAGAAGUGGAGUAAGGUCCGCAACGAGCGGAAUAAAGCCCGAGAGGAGUCCAAGCAGCUAAGCCUCAAACUGGACGGCGCCAUGAAGGAGGCCCACUCCCUGAAGCGGGAGAAGAACGAUCUCGAGCUGCAGAUCACGCAGCUGAAGAAGGAGAUGGAGAAGGUGCACUCGCUGAUGAUGAAGCACGCCGGCCAAUUUCAUCGCGCCGACACCAGCGAGGAUGCGGAGGCCAAUGGACGGGACGCGAACUGCUCGCCGGACAUCUCAUCGGAUGGCUUAAAAAAUGUGAAUAGCGAGGAUGGUUUGGUCACCAAAUUGCCCAACGAUGUCAAAGAUCUUGACAUCGAGGAGUUCGCCAUGAAAGGGGCCGUGCCCAAGCAUCUGACCGAGUUGGACGAGGCGGCAGCUGCGGAGGAGAAGCGCCUGAUUCAACAGUUGUCCAAGGAUGACUUUGACGAGGACUACUUGCUGCAGAAAAUAUCUAUGCUGCAGUUGCGCCUGGACGAGGCACAGAAAACUCUUCAAGCGGAAAGAGAUGAGAAGCUGGAGCUGCACAAGAGCAUUGAAAAGCUGACGCUGGAGAUCCAGGACGUGCGCGGACGUCAAGAGGAGAUGCGCUCCGCCAAACAGGAGGCAGUACGCGAGCUUCUUACCCUUCAGGAGCAACAUCGCGCUGAGAUGCGUAUCGUUAACAACUCCCUGCAGGAGGAGAUUGCCGCUCGUGAGAAUCUCGAGCGUCGCCUCACGGAACUUCGCACUGAGCUGGAGCACCUUCAGGCGGAGAACGCCUCCGAAUGGGGCAAGCGCGAGCGUUUGGAGUCCGAGAAAUUGGCCAUGGAACGGGAUAACAAGAAACUGCGCGCAGAACUCAGGGACUACCAGGAACGGUCCGACCGCAAGUGCCGACCUAUGCAGGCAAAUGACGUGGAGCUGCGGGCGUUGCAACAGGAACUUUCUGAGCGCAACAAAGAGAUCAGCGAGGUGAAGAUGUCGCACGCCAAGCUGAAGAAGCUGCUGGCAGAGACAAACACCGAGCUGGGUCACGCCGUACGCCGUGCGGAGCAGUAUGAAGCGGAGGUCAAGCGCCUUCGGCAGCGUGUGGAGGAGCUAAAGCGGGAAUUAGCUGGCGCCGAGGAUGAGCUGGAUUCGGCAGUGAACCAAGUGAGACGUUUGCAGCGCUCUAACGAUGAGCUUGUUGGUCAGACCGAGGGUCUACAGGUGCAGAUACAGCACCUUCAGAAUAGACGAGCUCCGAGUCCCCAGCUGCGGGGAAUGGGCGGGGUCCAGCUGAGGAAUAAGAUUGCCGUGGAGCUGCCCAACGAUUGUCUGCCAAACAUCAACGAUCUGCGCCAGAUUUUUGAUGACUCGCAGGCGUGCUUGAGGAGCUCCCACAACGGCAGCGACGCAGCUGCCCAUCAUGCGGCUUCUGUCAAGCGCUCCAGUCACACGGAGCGGACGCUGCUCCAGCAGCAGCAGAGCAGUGCGGCGGCAUCUGCAGCGGCGGCGGCAGCGGCAGCAGCGGCCUUUUACGAUGCCAAACCCACACACCUCGAGGAGAAUAUAUUUGAGUCGAAGUCCCGGAACUUGGAGUUCGAGCGGGCCAAGCAGAAGUUCGAUAACCCGCAUGGGCAGCACCACCACCAUCACCAGAGACAGCGGUCCGGAAACGGGCGAUAUGGAAGCGCGGGAAGCAAUGCCAGUCGGGCGAACCUCGCCUUGCCGUUGAAGGGCAUGACGAACCUAGGAAGCAACUCCGUCUCCAGCAAAGAUGAGCUCAACCGGCAGCUGUAUGAGAAGGAGCAAUCCGCAGGUGCAGGCUAUGCCAGGAACAGCAUUAAUUUAGACGGUCUUAAAGUGUCCGACGAUGAGACUCCGUAGUUACGGUUCGACAAGCUUGCUGCUGGACGAUGAGACCGAGGGGAACAGCGAUUAAGAUAUAACCAAGACAUUCGAGGGACAGUAAUGGUAUUAAACGAUUAGUAUUAGUUUUCAAGCAUGCGUAAGUAUGUAGCGUAAUGUUGGUAGAGCAACCGCCCCAGAUAUUAUCCGCAUUCCUAGCUUUUGUUUGGGGCUGUUACCAACUGGUUCCUUAGUUGUUACAUAAGUUAAUAUAAACUUUCGCAGAAUUAUAAUACGUAUUUCGAGAUUCUAAAAUAAUGUAUACUUUUUACAAUUAAUCACAUAAGUAUGACAUAGUUAUAUGAUAAGUUUAA